AAUUUUUUAAUGAGUUAUAAAGCCGGCGGCAAUGCCGAAAUCAAUAAAAAGUGUCCAAGAGUCAAUUAGCAAAUAGUUAUUUUUAUAACAAUGGAUAUACCCAGCACGGGCGCCAUAUUUACGCUGGGCAAAUCCCACUUGGCAGAGAAUACGCAAAGCUAUUUCUAUAUAAAAAACGAUCCGGUUAAACGCUUGAUAUCCGGUCCACAUCAGAGUGCCGUUAUAUGUGAAUCAGGACGUCUUUUUGUUUGGGGCGAGAAUCAUUAUGGACAGCUUGGCAUUGGCGGGCAUGGCAACAAAAAUAACAACAACAAUGGGAAUGGCAAUGGGAAUGGGAAUGGCGAUAUAGUGAGCAAACCCACUUGCGUCAAGUCAUUGAAAACUUUGGGUUUGAAGAUAUGUGAUGCCGCCUAUGGCAAUAAUUGGGCUGUCAUUAUGACGCUCUCCAAUGAGGUUUUCUUUACGGGACGCAAUAUAUUUCCGCUGGACACACAUGUGGCGCAGCAUUUCACCAGCGCUGUGGUGGAGCAGCAGCCAUGCGCCAUCAUACGCAAGCCCUUUCGGCUGGAGGAAUUCGAUGACUAUCUGUCCAAGAACGAGGAGACCGACAACUUUAUCACAGUGCAAGCUGGCAAUGAACACUUUGUCGUGCUGACCACCACUGGGCGUUUGAUUGGCUGCGGCUCGAAUGCCAAGCAGCAGCUGGGCGACUUGGAGCCGGACUAUGAUGGCCAUCCCGUCGAAAUCGUUUUAGAUGCUGCAGUGCAGCAGUUUGCCUGCGGUCCGGAGUCUACUUUGGUGCUUACAGCAAGCGGCAGUUUGUUUCUAACCGGACGCCUUAAUGAGUUUGUCUUUGCCAAGUUCACGGAGCUGCAGAAGAAUCUCUCGGCAACGGAGCAGAUUAUCUUUAUGCACAUCUCGAAGAUUAGCGAAAUAUUUAUUGUUACCAAUGUGGGCAACAUUUAUCGCAGCCACGAGUCGCUGCGCAACAAGAGUUUGGUCUUUCAGCGUUUCUACGACUACGAUAGCGAGGAGAACGGUCCCAUUUGGAAGCUGCUCAAGGGCUUCUCCUUCUACGCAGUGCUUAGCAAGGCCAACAAGUUCUUGACAACCUUCUCUGAGAGCGGUCAUCACUUGAAGACCUUUCGUGAGAUUUCCAAAUUCAAAAAUCUGCGUCUGCUGGACAUUGCUGUGGGAGAUCAGCAUAUACUGGUGCAGGGCAUACCCAGAUCCAACCAACUGUCGGCUACAGUGACCGCAGAGCCGCAUAGUUAUAUGAGUCGCAGCUUUGUGCUGCAGCCGAAGGAUGCAAAUGGCAAUGAGCAGCGCAGCGCCAGCGGCAAAAGUCUAACCAAGCAAAAGGCGCUCAAGGAGCUGGAAACUGAGACACAUGAGGAACUGCAGGCUAUGGGUGGCAGCGUAGCAGCUGCAGCAGGCGCAGGGGUGGCCACGCUGGAGGCUGUCAAGCACAUGAGCAAUGAGGGACAGCAUGAAGAGAAAGUUGAGCCAGCGCAUGAGACGACAGAUGAAGCCAAUGGCAAUGUAAUCCAAGAGCUGGAAAGCGAGCAAAACUUGCAGCAGCAAGCGGAAAAAGUGGAGCAGACAAAGGAAAAUGAACAAGGCGAUAACAGCAAAGCGGAGCAGCAGGAAAUGGAGCCGCCAAAAGAGGAAGCUGCGUCAGUUGCAGCAGUGAAAAGUCCAAAGAAAGUAACAGAAAAUCUAGAUAUGACAUCCACGGCACCACCUGUGGACACACCAGUGAAGCAGCCCACUGACUCAACUGCAUUGGAGUCUUUAGCCAAGCUGCCAACUCCGCCUGCACAUACGCCCACGCCGCCCACGUCGCCCGCAGAAUCUAUGAAGUCAAGCAAAUCUCACGCGCUGGAGCGAAAAGACAGCCAGGAGACAAAGCUGCGACCACACACGCCCUAUCCCGACAGCAGCGCUGCGAGCACGCCGCAAACUGUAAAGCGAACGCCCAUACGCAAUUUUUCAUAUGAGGCAGCGAUGCUGCAUGACGAUAUCGAUCACACCUCGCCGGAAUUGGUCAACAGUCUGGAUACAGUGGAGGAGAAUCCGUUGGGCAUACAGAUAUCCACGCCCACGCCACCCACCGAGGAGGAUGAGCAGCUGGCGGUGGAGAUAACAACCAAAGAGGAUGCCUUGGACAGCAGCAAAGUGAUUAACGAAAUACGUUUUAUUAAUAAUGGCGUCGAUGUCACCGCCAAUGUGAAACAGCAAAUGCCAGAUACGCCGCUGGCUGAUUCCAUUGAAGAGCUGGAAUCGGAUGGUGAACAAAUGCUGCACGAUCUGGAGCAGCAUGUGGACAAAAUUGUGGACGAACAGCAGGCAGCUGUGGCGAAGGCCAGCAUGGGCAUGGGUGAUAGCAUUGAAAAUAAACUGCUGGAGACACGCAACUCAAUACAGACAACAAUGAAGAAGGCAGCCACUGGGGCACGGUCCGCCGUUGAGACAGCUGGUGACCGCAUCUCAACUGGUGCUCGUGAGGCGGUAGAUGCAGCUGGCAAAGGUGCACAGCGCAUGGCAGACGGAGCCAGAGAUGCGGUUGAUGCUGCGGGCAAGAACGCUCAGCGUUUAGCUAGCGAUGCUAUGCAUUCGAUGGAACAGGCGGGCAGCAAUGCAGCUAAAGCGGCUGCUAACACAAGAGAUUCUAUGGGCAAAGCCAUGGACACGGUUACCAACAAGAUAUCCAACGAGGUGCAGGGCGCCAAAGAAAAUAUUUCAUCACUGUUUCAGAUUAAGGCAGCUAAGGAGGUGCAGCUGACGACGACGCCAUCUACCACACCGGAGGAUAUGGAGGUGAAGCGUAACAGUGGUUCCGUUGAGGGCGAGGAGGAUGAGCGGACCACAGCGUCUGUAAACUCGAAUCACAAUUCAGCUGGGAACAGCCAUCCCUUCGAGCCCGCCAAUAGCAAUUUCAACGAAGAGGACAUGGAUCCCCUCGAUGCGGUGGUGGAGCGCGGCAAGAAAGCUAUGCAGGAUGAACUACGGGCCUUGGAAGAACAGCGCUCUCAAUCUCACCUUCAGAAGCCGGGACAAAAAGAUAAAGAAGGAGCGGAGCAAAGCAAGGGAUUUGUCCAGCAAAUACUAGAUGGCAUGCGCCUAUCAUGCCGUAACGAAAAAGCUGUUCAAAUUGAGGAUGAGCCACCGCCGCAAACGCAGCCCGCGCAGCCUCCACACUACAGCAAAAACAAAGUUAAUAGCGAGCUGAGUUUGCAGAACGGUCACAAUGGGGAACAGCAAUCGUCCCGUGUAUGCACUAUCUUAUAAGAAUCGCACUUUGAGCACAGCAAUAUCCAGAACUUUUAUAAACAAUUGCAUUUGAUUAAAAAUAAACUUGCAAUUUCAAUUUCGGAUUAAAGGCAACAAUUUUUAUUCUACUUGAUGACA